GUCCGUCUCUCAUAUCACCACAGUCAAGCCUACCGGGUGGGGGUUUCUUUUCAGCAGCUCCGUAUUCAUUUUGGAAACUUGAUCGGAAUUUAUAUUUAUACCGAACAACGUCGUUUUUUUUUAUUUAUUCAAAGUAAAUCGUCUAGCUAAGUUUAAUCGCUUGCUGAAACAGCCGUCAUUUGUACUGAGGAAGGAAAAGCUAAAUUUAACGUUACAUCGUAGCCGGUUGUGCUAACAAAGAAAAUCCUUUCUCUUCAGAAAUAAUCCCCCACUACUCUCUUUAGUUAUGAGUCAUGUGGUCGUUGAUAAUCCACACGGUCUAGAUCAGCAGCUUGCUGCCCUAGACUUGAACUCUGCUGACGGACAAGGCGGAGGAACUGGCAGACGUUACAUUCCACCUCACCUGAGGAACAAAGAUGGUCCCAAAAACGCAGGAAAUGCUUAUUCCGCUGGUAGACAGUGCGGUUAUUCAGUGGCACCAGUAAAUUUCUUUUCUUCUAAGCAGUGCCCACAACCUUGGCAGGCAGAGUGUCAGCAAAGGCACAGAAAUAACUAUACAGCAGGAUGGGAUGACUGUAAGAUUGGUUACCCAAGACUGGCCUCUCAAGAGCUUGCCUUUUACCAUGCCUUCAGUGGGGGUUGGCGAAACCGAUGUGCCUCAUCCUCAGCCUGCACUGAUAACAGUGUGGCCACCGAUGGGAAUGAUGACACAGCCAGUGUCCAGAGCUGGGCAGACCAUUGUGAUUCAGCUGGAUGGGAUGGCGGCCGCAGCAAUGGAUUUGUGAAUGGUUACCAUGACAACCGCACAAACGGGGGCUACGGAGGGCGGGGACCCCCUCGCAAUGAUAGAGGUGGGCGUGGCGCCUACCGUGGUAACAGGGGUGGAGGCGCGUUUAAUCAGCCAUUGCAAAACGCAGCGUUUGGCAAUUAUGAUAACAAAGAUGGCAACUGGGGAGGAGCUCCCAGGGAUGCUGCCUACAACAGCUUUGGAGGACGCAAUGAUAGGUCCAAGUCUGCCUUCUUCAAUGACCGCGGAGCAGGCUCCAGAGGAAGAUACGAGCGUGGGGGCUUUUCUGGUGGAGGAAACAGCCGCUGGGUGGAGGAGUCCAGGGACGAGGACUGGUCCAAACCCACUGCUCCCAAUGAGCGCCUGGAAAAUGAGCUUUUCUCUGGGAGCAACACUGGCAUAAACUUUGAGAAAUACGAUGAUAUUCCUGUGGAGGCUACUGGAAACAACUGUCCACCCCACAUUGAAAGCUUCCAUGAUGUGGACAUGGGUGAGAUUGUCAUGGGGAACAUCGGUCUGAGUCGGUACACUCGGCCCACCCCGGUCCAGAAGCAUGCUAUCCCCAUCAUCAAGUCCAAGAGAGACCUGAUGGCCUGUGCCCAGACUGGCUCUGGUAAAACCGCCGCCUUCUUGCUGCCAGUGCUGAGUCAGAUCUACACAGACGGGCCUGGGGAUGCUCUGCAGGCCAUCAAGAACAGUGGACAGGAGAAUGGAAGGUAUGGCCGUCGUAAGCAGUACCCAAUCUCCCUUGUCCUCGCUCCCACCAGAGAGCUAGCCUUGCAAAUCUAUGAUGAGGCGAGAAAGUUUGCCUAUCGCUCACGCGUGCGUCCCUGUGUCGUGUACGGAGGUGCCGAUAUUGGCCAACAGAUCAGAGAGUUGGAGAGAGGCUGUCACCUGCUGGUGGCCACACCUGGGCGCCUGGUUGAUAUGAUGGAGAGGGGCAAGAUUGGCCUGGACUAUUGCAACUACUUGGUCCUGGAUGAGGCCGAUCGCAUGUUGGACAUGGGUUUUGAGCCUCAGAUCAGACGCAUUGUGGAGCAAGAUACCAUGCCCCCCAAAGGCAUCAGACAGACUAUGAUGUUCAGCGCCACAUUCCCCAAAGAGAUCCAGAUCCUGGCUCGUGACUUCCUGGAGGACUACAUUUUCCUGGCAGUGGGGCGUGUCGGCUCCACUUCAGAAAACAUCACCCAGAAGGUGGUCUGGGUGGAGGAGACGGACAAGAGGUCCUUCCUCCUUGACCUGCUGAAUGCCACAGUUAUUCCCAGUGAGGUUCAGGAAAAUGUGACAGAGGCCCCAGAGAAACCAGGUAAAGACUCCCUGACUCUGGUGUUUGUGGAAACCAAGAAGGGAGCAGAUGCUCUGGAAGAUUUCCUGUACCACGAGGGUUAUGCCUGCACCAGCAUCCAUGGAGACCGAUCCCAGAGAGACAGAGAGGAGGCUCUGCAUCAGUUCCGGUCUGGACGCUGCCCCAUCUUGGUGGCUACAGCUGUGGCUGCUAGAGGUCUGGACAUCAGCAAUGUGAAGCACGUCAUUAACUUUGAUUUGCCCAGUGACAUUGAGGAAUACGUUCACCGUAUUGGCCGUACGGGACGUGUGGGCAACCUUGGUCUGGCCACGUCGUUCUUUAACGACAAAAACAGCAACAUAACCAAAGAUUUGCUGGACAUUCUGGUUGAGGCCAAGCAGGAGGUUCCCUCCUGGCUUGAAAGCCUGGCCUACGAGCACCAGCACAAGAGCAGCACCCGUGGACGAUCUAAGAGGUUCUCUGGUGGUUUCGGAGCUAGAGACUACCGUCAGACACCUGGCUCUGGAGGCUUCAGUAGCAACAGAGGAGGGCGAAACACUGGAGGUCAUGGCGGAAACCGUGGCUUUGGAGGCGGCUUUGGAGGCAACUUCUAUGGCAAUGACGGCUACGGAGGAAACUACAGUAGCGGAAGUGUGGAUUGGUGGGGGAACUAGUCACCAUAGGAACAGGUUGCCAUACCAACCCAACCCAAUGGAUACCACAUGUUAACUUAAGCCAGACCUUAACAACCCUCCCUGUGAAGCUUCACUGACACACACAGUACAUUACCAACUCUGGUUCUCUGCCAUUCGCUUCUCUCAACAAAUGGAAAAACAAACAAAAACAGGAAGUGCAGCACGACGCAAAAGGAAAGUCACCAGCACGUGCAAUGCACCGGAGACCGCAGAGAUUUCGCACACCUCAGAGUGAGCAUGGACGCUGACAUGCAAUGCCCGACAUCAACGUCGGACUUUCAUUGUUAGAAGUAAAUUUUUUUUUGUGGAGUGAAAAAAGAAAAACACAAACAAACCCCUAAUUGAGUAACCUGAGGAUCAUUUGUAUGUUAAUGUACUGUGCCUUUUUGAAUUUAAAACAGGAAAUCUUAUGUUUUCAUUUCACCAGAUGAACAUGGCCGAGAGCUCUAAAUUAGUUUUUACUAUUUUUUUUUGGUUGGGGAAAAAAUAAAAUAUAUAUUAUAUAUGUUAUUAAUGUAUAAUAGAAAGGUAAAAUAAGCUUGGACUUGAUCAAACCUUGGCAAAUACUGGGGCGUUGUGGCUCUCAAGAGUCAUGACUCCAUUUGAACCUCAAAAUUUACUGCAGGAACAUCAUGUAGCCUUUUCUAUAGUCAAACAGCUAAUGGAGCCAUUACCUAAUACAAGCAGGGCCGCUCUACGAGGCCAACUGUAUUUUAAUCCUAAGGGACAAAGUUACAUUUCUUUUUUUUAUUUCGCUCACUCUAUCCUGGACAGGCUCCUUUUUCAUGGAUAUGGUAGUCUUGAAAAUAGCCAUUCCUAUUGUAAACUUAAAGAAACACAAAGUCAUUAAAGCUCAGUGCCAACUAUUGCUGAGGUUCAGACAAGACUAAUCAAUGCUGGAACUUGUUACUCCACACUUUUUCAAUUGACUUGACAGUGUUACGGCAGCUAGUAUGUUUCUAAGUGCUAGCUACAUUAAGUGGGCGGUGUUUUUUGUUGAUUUUUACGUGAGACAUUUUCGGGCAAGUUGUAUGCAAAAUUGAAAAACAGUCAGUUUUUUGAUUUGUUGUUUUUCUCUUUAUAUUUUUCUUUUUGAAAUGUUUCUCUUCAAAUAUGUUAUCGAAAAAAAACAAAAAAUGCCUGCCAUCUUGAAAGUGAAGUUCAAAAUGGCUGCAUAAAGGACCACAGCAUCGGGGGGCAUGGGGGCGGGGGUGUGUGGUGUUCGUGUUUACCAAAGCUACCUGCAGCCACACAGCCCCAAUGGUAUUCUACGCUUGCAAGUGUUUUGUUUUUUGGUCAAGGAGGAAGGACACGUGAACUGAGUCGCAGGCUUAACUUAAUUACAAACGUUUUCUCUUUUCAAGCUGCGUUGGAGGCAUGGUUCAUCUUAAGGAGACAGGCAUUUGAAUGAUCACUGAGGUUUCUUAAAACGGCGAGGAACAUAGCGCAGUAGAGCAGCACUCCAACCACUGGGGUUAAAGGGGGUGGGCUACUGGGGUGGGGAUGUAGGCGUGGGGCGCAGUUUUAGUGCACCACCAUUGUCAGUGGCUUUGGUUUCCAUUGCUGCGGAGUGUAACUGGAGGUGGCCAAAGACGAGAGAGGCGGGGAGGGUUAGGGGCGGGGGCGGGGGGGGUUAUCCACUUCCUUUAUGGAACAUUAAAGUACUGUCAGCUCCUCUGGGAGUUCAUCUGCUCAGACGUGUAUAAAAAAAAUAAUAAUAAUCUGUGGCUCCUUGAAAGCCAGAGCCGGCUUUUCCUCUCAAAGAGGAGCGGCCAGUCGAGAGGAAGAGAGAGACGGGGCGUUUAAUCUCAAAAUGCUCCCAGUUUUCUCAUCGGGUGUGUUGUGCCUUGAAACUUUUUUUUUUCUCUUCUCUUUUUAAACAAAUUGAACUAAAAGCGGAUGCACUGACAGUGUUUUGAGAACUUGAGAUUGAAUGGUGCUACUUGAUUUAGGUGUGUAGGCCCUUGUACGUCGUGCCCAUCGAGUUUUACAAAAAAGUUGUUUUAUUGCACAUCUAGAGUUUUAUAUAGAUGUCUUGGAUAUGUGUCCUUAAGCUUCCAAAUAUUGUGUGUGAGGAGAUUGUGGAGAUUAAAAAAACGCAGCUUGUUUACAAAGGGGAAGGGUUCUCACCGUUUAAACCAGGAUUUAUUUGGGACCAGGAGAUUUAGCAGUCGGGGGGGAAUUUAGCCAUUUGCACAGAUUUCUAGAUUCUACUUUUGCUGCUAGUUUUGUGUAAUUUAUUAAGCAUUUUUGACAAAUAUUUAUUUUUGUAAGCCUCAAAGUGAUUCUUUGAAAGUUUCAGAAACUUGACCAAAAGACAGUACAAAAAACACUGGCACUUGAAUGUUGAAUGUCACCUGUAUGCGUGAAAUUUAUAUAUUUCGGGGUAGUGUGAGCUUUUUAAUGUUUAAGAUACAUUGGACUCAGUAAAUAAUAUCCACAGCUGUUUCAGGGCCUCCUCAGGGCCUCUCAUCUCUAAUAUUAGAAUAUACCAAUUGGUCAACAAAAUUUGAAAUUAAUUGAACAAACAUGCCAAGGUUUGGACUAAAGCUAUCAAAAGAGCAAUUCAAUUUCCUAAACCAUAUCAGUGCAGAAAUGUUCGGAUUCUCCAAAUGUGUGCAUUAUUGAUAUUUUCUUCUAAUUUGACCCAAUAAUAGUUUUUUUUUUUUUUCUCCAGUUGAAUGUCUGGCACAUGGCAAUCUUUAAAGAAACAAACAUGUGGUUUAUUCUCAUUGUUGUAUUUGCAUAUAUGAAGCCUCUUGAGUUCUCCUUGAAUGUGGAGCAGGUCUGAGGCAUUGAUUUCCAGAACAGAACAGCUUCGUUUGGUUCUGUUUUUCUGGACAGACAGGAGGUCUCUGCGCAUGCUUGUUUUUUUUUGUUUUUGUUUUUUUUCUUUUCUUUUAUUUAGCAGGCAGAACCAGAGACUUGUUCCACGAUUGCUGGAGAACCCAUAGAGCUGUUUAGAUGUAGAAUUUGCUUUCUGUAUUAGCUUUAGGCUACUGCACGACAUGAGAAAUGACUCAGCUGUGCAAAAAAAUUGUAUGAUUUUACUAAAUAAAUGUUUGAAUGCAAAAGUUUCUGGAAAAAUCACGCAUGUUUUCAUGAAGAAUUGUUUACGGUAGAAGUGCAGAGAAGACCUGUAGCAAAGCUGCCCGUCGCCUUGAUACGAGGCGGAUGGACGGGUGGCAAAACUCAAUUUGGUAAAAAAAAAAAUAUAUAUAUAUAUAUAUAUAUAUUGGAUGAGCUUCAUGGAGAAGAGUUCAUUUGUAAAUUCAUCUGUGUCAAUUGUUUUAUUUUCUCCAAGCUCAGUUGAACACUGUAGAAAGGAGCUCACAAUGAUUCUUUGGUGCAUAAAAAUUAGGCAUGCUUCUAAAUUUGUGCCAGCAUUAUAGUUUUUUCCAAGUUCUUUUAAUCCUACAUGGCCAUGAUGUUCAGGGGAAUCGAGGUUCUUCCUUGUAAUGUUUGAGCUGACCUUGACUAAAGCUUAUUAAAUAAAUGCUCCUUUCUAAA